CUCGCCCGCAGCUCCCCCUCGACCGUGCACCCCUUCCCCGCCGCGAUCCGAGUGAGCGACCAUGGUCAACCCCGCUGAACCGGUCAUUGGAGGGCUCCUGAUCGAGCUCUGCUUCGCCUUUAUCCUGUACGGGAUCACCACCCUGCAAACCUUCAUGUACUUCCAAAAGUACACCGACGACAGGCCCUCGCUCAAGACUCUCGUCGCGACCGUGUGGAUCCUCGAGUCCGUCCAUACCGGCUUCUGCAUGCAGUUCAUCUACGCGUACAUCAUCGCGGGCUUUGGGGACUACGCCAACUUCCUGAACAUCAACUGGUGCGUCGCCAUCACAGUGGUGUGCAGUGCGGGAGUCGCGCUGUGUGUGCAAGGAUACUAUACUUGGCGUGUUUGGAUAGUUAGUGGGAAGUCUCUCGUGUGGACCGUUAUCAUCGGGUCCUUCGCGCUCCUCCGAGUCGCCUUCGGUAUAGCAUCCGCCGUUCUGUCCUAUGUAUACCCAGAUUGGCUCACAUUCCGCCACACCAACUCGUCACUCAUUACGAUCAGCGGUGGCCUCGGCUCUGCUGCAUUGGUCGACAUGCUCGUCGCUGUCACGCUCUCUUACUACCUCAAGCGCGGGCGCCAUACAUGGCACAAGGAGUCUAAUAGCAUGAUAAACCAGAUCCUGCUCUACGCCGUCAACACCGGCGCGAUCACGGGGACCGCAUCGCUCCUCUGUGUCAUCCUCUUUGCUGUCAAGAAGAGCAGUCUCGUCUUCCUCGGGCUCGUGAUGAUCCAGACGAAGCUCUACGCCAACUCCCUCCUGGGGUCACUCAACGCGCGCGCGCAUAUGCGCAGCAAGGGCAGCCGGGGCAACACGUACUCGUCCGCGUCCAGCAGCGGCUACCGCGUCGCGACACCACGUGUACCCGUGGUUGAGGUUUUCCAGCAAACCGACAUUCUCGACGAUCGGGAACUUGCAUCCCAGACCGAUUUGAAUCUUGAGAACCUCAAGGGCGGCUCUCUUGCGUGAGGACAGCGUUGCGCAUAUGUGAUUAUAUGAGACAUUUGCUUUCUGUACUACUGGCAUGUUGUACACAUAUGGCGGAUAUAA